UACAUAUAGCUAAUCUGUUGCCACCUGCAAAUGUCACCUUUAUCUACAAAAUUUGUAAAUAACAACUUGAUGAGGUGAAAAACGCAAAUCGGUGUUAGAAAUAUAUUUCAGCCGACGUUUGAUUGCGAAAUAUUACCAGCCAAGUGAAUGUUAGUGGUAGAUAAAAUAAUGGCAUCAGCAGUUACUGAUAAAGUAAAAGAAUGUAGAAACAGGGUGUUUCUGGGCGACUUGCCAGAUGAUUUUCUCCGCAUUACUGCAUCCAUUCAACAGCAGCAGGAAGCAGCAGAUAGACAAACUGCACUUGCUUUGCAACAACAGUUUGUCAGCUCACAGACCCUCACACCCAACAUUGUAGGAAGGCUGGGGAUCACAGUUGCUCAAGCAAAACUGGCCAAAAACUAUGGCAUGACCAGGAUGGAUCCAUAUGUGAGAUUGAGGGUUGGGCACUUUGUGCAUGAGACACACACUGAUUCGAAUGGAGGUAAAACACCAAGGUGGAAUAAAAUCAUGCAAUGUUUACUUCCUCAAGGUGUAAAUACAGUGUCAUUGGAGAUUUAUGAUGAAAGAAGCUUUACCAUGGAUGAGCUCAUUGCAUGGACUCAAAUUCAACUUCCUCCACAAGUGCUAAAGGGUGAGACACAUGAAGACUGGUACCCAUUGACUGGGAAACAGGGAGAGGAUGCUGAAGGGAUGAUUAAUUUAGUAUUCAGUUUCAUGCCCCAAGCACAGUCAUAUGCAUAUCCGCAACCAGUCAUGAUGGUGCCAUCAGUUGGUGCAGGAGCUACCCCAAUGCCAGUAUAUCCUGCAGGACCCGUUCAUCAACCAGUGCCAGUUUUAAGUGAAAAUGAACUAAAAAUGAUUGAAGAAAUGUUCCCAGCUAUUGAUAAAGAAGUUAUCAAGUCGGUGUUUGAAGCAAAUCAGGGGAACAAGGAUGGCACCAUUAAUUCCUUGUUGCAAAUGAGCGAAUAAUAUUUGAUUUAUGGAUUGCUCAGCGCUUUUAUAUAUCUUUAUUACGUAAAUAUUGAAAAUGACGUAUAUAUUUGUGGGUAACAAAAGUAUUUAGAUUAUGAUAUUCUCGGAUUAUUGUUCUGUGGGCUGUAAACAAUUAAACAGGCUCUGUAAUAUGUGUCAUGUGUCUACUACUAAUGCAAUUGGAUAGUUAGAAAUACUAGUCCUUAAUCUAUAUGCAUAUUAAAGUGACUGUCCGUUAGCCUUGUCUUAAAUAAACAUUACUGGACCGCUUA